UACCGCGACGUCAGUGUCUCCGUGUCUGAGCGGAGCUGAGCAGCAGCAGCAGCAGCAGCGUCACUGCCUCACGGCAUCAGAGGCACCGCGGACGUUUAGACGAAGAGGACACGUCGUCUGGACAGCUGCCGUAAGAGUCUAAGCGAAACCACAGAUUUAAAGGCUCAAGCAAACCAAAGAUGGAGAUUACCAGCGGAGCAUCCCUCAGAAGGACUUCACCGGCUGUGGACACAAAAAGUAGAUGUUUGCAUUGAAGGGGCCCGACGAGUGCGCAGGAGAGGAGGUAGUAACAGGUGCCGCGUGCCAAGGUGAAUUUGGAGGUGUGGAAGAGAGCUGAAGAUCAUGGGCAAAUCAAACAGCAAGCUCAAGCCAGAAGUGGUGGAGGAGUUGACAAGAAAAACCUACUUCACAGAAAAAGAAGUUCAGCAGUGGUAUAAAGGCUUCAUCAAGGACUGUCCCAGCGGACAGCUGGACGCCGUGGGCUUUCAGAAGAUAUACAAGCAGUUCUUCCCUUUUGGAGACCCCACCAAGUUCGCUUCAUUUGUCUUUAAUGUAUUUGAUGAAAAUAAGGAUGGCCGCAUCGAGUUCUCCGAGUUCAUCCAGGCCCUGUCAGUGACCUCCAGGGGAACUCUGGAUGAGAAGCUUAGAUGGGCCUUUAAAUUGUACGAUCUGGACAAUGACGGCUACAUAACUCGGGAUGAAAUGUUGAACAUUGUAGAUGCCAUUUAUCAGAUGGUGGGAAACACUGUGGAGCUGCCAGAGGACGAAAACACUCCAGAAAAGAGAGUAGACCGCAUUUUUGCAAUGAUGGACAAGAAUGCAGAUGGGAAGCUUACUCUCCAGGAGUUUCAGGAAGGUUCAAAGGCAGACCCUUCUAUUGUCCAGGCACUGUCCCUCUAUGAUGGACUCGUGUAGGAAUGGAUGGCGAGUGAAGGAAGAUGAGCUGGAACGCUCCUCUGCCCCUCGAUCCCAGGUCAUUCCUUUAAAUCUGUUAACGCAGUAGAACUCCUAUUCCAUCCGAGCCGACCGUGGAAAACAGAAGAAAAGAGUGGAAGCCGCUGUCGGCUCACAGUUUGUUCUCAUGAAUUAUUCAAAUGGCCCACUUGUUUACUGGCAGUGUAAUAUUGUUGCAGUAGCGAAUAAAGAUGGAAACAGCCCUCACAUCUCACUGCCUAAUGUAAUGCACUGGCUGCUGCCAAUUGUGGCUGACAUCCUGCUCGGUGUUUUGUCAAGUGUGAAGCGAGCUUGUGAAGACAUAUGCAUUCUGUGUAAAAGCUCUGUUUGGUUGCUAUCUAGCUAGCACCAAACACAUCCAGGUGUUAUGACCCUGCUCUGGUGAUCCGUCUCUUAACUCUUCAGAUGGGUCCAAUUAACGCCCUCCUGCUUUUUGCACGCCGACGCCUGCCCAUCACAUCCUAAUCACCCAAAACAAGGACUACAAACUUUUACUGCACAGGCAUGCAGCCACUGCGUCCUCUUGUUUGUGCUCCAUAAAGAUAGCAAACAUAAAUUUCCUCUGAUGUAAUGGAGAAUGCUAAGUUGCUCAGCCAACCCCAGUCAUCAAUCAGUGCUUCUACAGCUGCGCAGCACACCAGCGUCGUAGACUGCGUUCCAACUUCUCUGGGAGCGAAGUGCUGGAUAAUCCGAGGAACGGGAUCCCUCAGUGAUGCUUGAGUUCUUACAUCCAUCAUCAGAACAGCUCAGAAGGACCAUCCUGCUGCUGCUUCAUCCACACUCAGAGAGACUCUACAUCUCACGCCGGAAAAAUGUGUUAGACAACACUGAAUUAAAACUACGAAGCAGUAAAAUGUGCUGCAUAUUAUAAUGUAAAUAUAAUGGUAAUUUAUUUUCUGCUUUGCUGCAUUUAUGAGACUUUCCUCAUAAAUAUAGAAUGAUUUUUAUUUUUGUUUUUAUCAAAGGUGUUGAAAUGUGUUGCACUGUAUUUUUCAUUACCGUGGUGGGAGCAUUCUUUUUCUCUCAUUCAGAGGUUCGUUUUUCCUGAGAGAAGAGGAAUGUUUAAGAAGCACAGAGUUUUCUAAGGGUGAUUUUUAUUGCGUUUGCUGUCUGUGCACCCUGUUGUGUUUUAAUUUCCCUGUUAGCAUGAGUGUAUACUAUUGACCCUGUUGCACAACUACAUCCUGAAUGACACGGCCUGAACAACAGAGAGCAUUCCCACAGCUUUACAUCAGAAUUGAUGCCGGGCGUUUCUUUUUGAGAGCGCCGCACUCCACCCUUGGCAACACAAAGCCCGGGUCACCAAGAGGCGCAAACAAGACAUCAGCUUUGGUUGUAAAGCUUUAGUGAGGGCUGUUUUUUGUCCUGUGAAAAGCCAGAGCAUGUGAUAAUUCUUUUUUUUAACAUGUAGAUUAUUUAUUUUAGAACAUUUCAGUGUUUUUCAACCUCACUAAUAGUUUUUUGCAUUAAGCAAAUUAUGAUUUACUAGAUUAUCUGUUCAUCAGUGUAAGAGCACAGAAUAAAAUGCAUUUAAGUGAUAUUUAUAUUUCUGAUUUUAGGUUUGAAUGGAUAUAAAGCAGUGUUUCCUUUUUCUAUAGCAGUAUUUGGGAUUAAUUUAAGGGGCUUUUUGUAUUGUAACUGUUCAAAUGUUUUUUUUUUAGAAUUUCAAAUACCUGGAUUAUAUUCCUAUUUGGAGAAUAUUAUUGAAGUUUGCACAGAUCGCAUUAAGGCAGAAAUGGGAUGUGUUCUGGGUUCAGUGUUGCACUGUGCAACAUUACAUGUAAUGAAAAGUGUCAUGUUAAGCUUUAUUGCCUGUUAUUGCCUUGCAACAUAGAAUUUAACAUGCCAUCUUACUCUGUAGUGUAAGCCUGCGCUGUAUGGCCGUGAAAUGAACAAUGAAGUGUAUAAAACUGUGGCAUGUUGCAGCAAUGGAUGAAUUACUGAGACCUGUCAGCUUUUGAGUUUCUUCUGCCGCAUUUCUGAUCAAAGACAGAUGAGAUCCCAGAGGAGUGAAAAAUCCAGAUUUUUAACUGUUCUGUCAUUUUAACCCCAUCCUCCCAGUUUUUUUAGCAUGUGAUACUAAAAAGUGCAGUAAAACACAAGUGUGUUUGAAAAAAACCCCGCAAGCCUUGUGAUUAAA